CUACUCGACGGCAGCCGGUCCGGACGUUCUGUCGUGUCGUCUGGUCGUCUGGUCUGCGCGGUUUGGUGGUUGCGUGUGUUUCGGCAGCACGUAGUUCUUUCGAGUUGGUUGGUCGCUGGUGUUUUGUGUCUGCCAGUGUCUGCCAGAAGUCGGAGUUAAGCUUGCUGGACGAGUGCAAUCGGAAUCGGUGGUUUUUGGCAACCGUGAAGGUAGUGCUCGUAUCGAUUCAAGUGUUUGAUGUAGGCGAGCUGAUCGUGGUGUGGGGGCUUUCGGGUAAAAGUGGCGUGUGUUAUACGAGUAAUACGAGAUGAGGCGAUGCUAAAUGGUGUGAUUAUCGAAGCCGGUUGCGCGUUGAUUUGGGUGACUCAAGCUGUGAACGGAUCCUGUUACGGAGUGAAAAUUGGAGUUCCUCGGUAGAGUGGUCUAAAGUGUCAAGUUACGCCUGAUUAGAAGAUUGUGUGAGGUUCCGUGAGUUUAAGUAAGCAGCAAAACGUGCCACUAAUUUUACGUUUGAUUUAUUUACGGAUCGGAGCAGAUCGGCGGUACGACGCGAGCUGACGAUGAUCGUCCGGUGGCCAAAAAUGGUGCGACCCGCCAGCGGUUUGUUGCUGGUCUGCGCAUUGUUGGCCGUUUGGUUCGAUCUGUCCGAUGGUUGGCGUUAUGACAGAGUGCCCAGACUGUAUGGAGACAAGGUGCCGACGAAGGCAAUUUCGCCCCGAUUGCGCAAAGUCCAGCGGCGGAUCGUGAUGCUGCACGACUCGUACCGCACCAAGGUGGUACCGCCGGCCGCGAAUAUGCUAAACAUGAAAUGGCACCACGGUGCGGCCCGUUCCGCCCAGAAAUGGGCAAAUCAGUGCCGCGUCCUAACGCACGACACACCGAAGGGCCGUUGGAUCGACAACUUCGGAGCCUGCGGUCAGAACAUCUUCGUCUCGACGCAUCGCGUACCUUGGAUGUUCGCCUUACGGACGUGGUUUUUGGAGCGGCAAAACUUCACGUACGGCUCCACCCGGAACGAUCUGGACAGCGUCGGGCACUACACGCAGAUGGUGUGGGCCGCCACGCACAAGGUCGGCUGCGGGCUGACCAAAUGUCCCAAGGGUGGCCCCCGGGGGAAACCGUUCUACAACUACGUCUGCAACUACUGCCCCAUCGGAAAUCAUGAGGAGAAGCUGGGCCUACCGUACAAGCGAGGCCGCCCGUGUGGUUCCUGUAUGCCCAACUGUCUAUCCCGUAAAAUAAGACUCUGCACCAACUCGUGCAAUACCGCCGAUCUGUGGGCAAACUGUCGCGAUCUGUACCGGACCUGGCCCGGGUGGCUCUGCAAUACUGCCACGCCGGAGGGGCUGGAGCGCCAGCGGAACUGUGCGGCCACGUGCACCUGCCAAGGGAAGAUACACGACUGAAUGGAGAGCGGUGAGGGUGGCCAAGGGGUGGUAAGGGUGGGAAUGGGGAGCGGGUGGGGAGGGGAAGGGAAUGUUGUACUUACAAAUUAAGCUGUUUCGGCCAGUGCCAUUCGUAUGCUAGAGAAGAGAGUACUACAAGGAGAACAGGUGGUAGAACGUAGAAAAAGAAGAAGAAGAAGCAGUAAAAGAAGAAGAUUUAAAAGAAGAAAAAAAAGAAGAAGCCGAAGAAGAAGAAAAAGGAAAAUAGAAGAAGAACAAGAAGAUGUAGAAGAUGAAGAAAGAGAAGAAGAAGAAAGGGUAGAGGAGGAGUAGAGAAUACAAGAAGAGGAGCAAUUUCCAUUUCACUUUCAUCCCAAUACAAGCGUACUGUCUGUAGCAAAAUGGGGGGCAAAACACACUUUAUUUUAGUUUGUUUCAUUAUGUUUUUUUUUCUUUAUGUUUCACUAGAAGUUAGUUUAUAAAGUUAUGUAGGGUUUCCGACAAUUGUGAUGGGUGUCUGGGGUAUCUUUUCUUCUCGAAAGCCUUUUGUUUCGUUGUUUCGUACUCAGAGCGAAAAAGAAAGAAAGCAACACAGUGAGAAAGAGAGGCAACAAUUAAAACUAAUCAACAAAAUUUCGGUUUGGCUCGUUGUGAUGUAAAUACUGGCGGGAAGAGAGAAUAAAAUGUCCUACAAUCGUAAAAGCACGUG